AUGUGCUCUUCGCUGCCGAGCCCGGGCAGCUGCCUGUCCCUGCGCGUGUCCUUCGUGGAGCUCCACGCGGAGGCUCCGCUGGUGCGGCUGUGGGGCUUCCGCGGCGAGCGGCGCGAGGAGUACCUGCGGCUGGCCGAGGAGGUGCAGGCGCGGGCGGGGCCUCGGCUGGCGGCGCUGCCGGGCGCGGGGCCCCGGCGGCGGGCGAGCUGUGCCUGGCGGAGGCGGGCGGGCGCUGGCGGCGCUGCCGGGUGCUGGGCCUGCUCCGCGCCGGCCCCGCGCCCGCCUACCGCGUCUUCCUGCUGGACGAGGGCCGCACGCUCAGCGCCGGCGCCCAGGCCCUGGCGCGCGGCCCCGCCGAGCUCUUCCAGCUGCCCUCCGAGGUGCUGGGCUGCGUCCUGGCCGACCUGGCGCCGCCCCAGCGCCUCAGCUGGACGCCGGCCGCCGCCGAGUUCCUGGGCCGCCUGCAGGGCCAGGAGGUGUCGGGCCUGGUGAGGGACGUGCUGGUGGCGCAGCACCUGGUGGUGCUGGAGCUGCCCGGGCUGCUGGCCCAGAUGCGCCACCUGGGGCUCGCCGGCCACGUCUCCCCCAGCACCUUCGCCGGCCUGCUCGCCGCCUCCCUCGGGAGCACCAGCGCCCCACCCCAGGCGCCCGGGGGCCCUGCCGCUCCCCGCACCCAGGAUGAGCCCACAGCCCUGCACUACUUCUACCCGCAGCUGCAGAUGAGAGUGACGGAGCCCAUGCUGGUGACCCAGGUAUCCGACCCCGGCAGGAUAUAUUGUCAACUGCGCAGCCUCUCCAGAGAGAUCCAGCUGCUCUCGGACGCCAUGCGCCAGGCUUUCGAGGCCUCCGCUGGGAAAAGCUUGCAGGAACCCCUGCCGGCCCCAGGAUCCCCUUGCGCCGCGCGGGGCAUCGAUGGCUGCUGGUACCGGGCCCUGCUGCUGAAAGUAGAUCCUCUGGGUGGCCCGGAGGAGCAGCUUGGAGAGGUGGCGCAGGUGAUCUAUGUGGAUUAUGGGAGGAAGGAAUUUGUGACAAAGCAAAACCUGCGCAAUUUGCCUGCUGAGUGUUUCCGAAUGCCGGUGGUGACCUAUCCUUGUUCAUUGCAAGGUAUUACCGAUGGAGGCUGUGGCUGGACCCGCUCUCAGAUAAGUCAGCUUAAAACAUUGCUGUUGAGCAAGGUGGUGCAAGCCCACAUUGAAGCCUACUGUCCCUUUGAGCACCUCUACUAUGUUACUCUCUAUGGAGAAGAUGGCCUGAACCUUAACUGCCUCUAUGGGGUCCAGGCCCAUUGUCUGGAGCAGAGCCUCCUUCACAGCAGUCAAGAGCAUUCCUCUGACUUAAUGGCUGAACUAAAGAAGGUAGGUGCCACAGCCAAGGAAGAACAUGCCUCUCUGUUGGGAGUUCAGUCCAUGCUUGCCGCUGACCCACUUCCUGUUGUGCGUUUGAAGGCUGGUGAGUACCACAGUGCUCAAGUGUCCUUCCUCCAGGAUCCCACAGACUUCUGGGUGUGCCUGCAGGAGCAUCGCCAACCCCUCCGUUGCCUCAUACAGAACUUAAGUGACUUCUAUUCUCAGAGUAAAAAACUAGAGGGUAUUCUGCUUCAGCCCAAACCAGGAUCCCUGUGCUGUGUCGCAUUGAAGGAGAACUGCUAUCACCGUGCUGUUGUCACCAAGAUGCUGGGAAAAGGAAUUGAAGUUUAUCUGGUAGACAGAGGAAACACUGAAAUUGUUGACUUGCAUAAGGUGAAGGAAUUGCUUCCCCAGUUCAGAGAACUUCCUGCUGCAGCACUCAGAUGUGCACUGGCUAAUCCUUUCCCACCAGGGCAGACAUGGAGCCCAGAUGCUGUAGACUAUUUCAGGAAAGCCGUGCUAAACAAGGAGCUGGUAAUCAAGGUCUUAGGCAUGCAAGGGGACAUGUACAUAGUGGAACUUUUUGAUCAUUCACUAGCAGGAGAAAAAAACUUGGGCAAAAUCAUGUCUCAACAGAAGUAUGCUGAGCAUCAUAAGGGUGAGGAAUUAGAGACUCUCCAGAAAGUGACCAAGGAGCCAUUGAGGAGCGCAUCUGGAAUAGAGGGCAUAGGACAGAAGCCUGUGAGAAAAAUUUUCCCCAAAGAUGAAAAUGAACCCUCGCCACAACGUCACAGUUCAGCCCCUUAUCCUACUGAAACUUUGAUCGUCAAGCAGCAGCCCAGUGAAGGUAGUUGCUAUUUGUCAUGCAAAGCAUUUGCAAAAGAGGAUUCUAGCAUUGCCCCAACCCCUUCACUCUAUGUUAUGCAAAACUACUCUGAAAUAAAGCCAGGGUUUUCUAGUGAAGGGCAUCUGGAAGUUGGAAAUACAGUAGAUGUGGUAGUAUCCUAUACAGAAAGUCCUAGUCUCUUCUGGUGUCAGCUAGCUAAAAGUUCCCAAGACCUGAGAGCACUUAUGGCUAAAAUUCAAGAUUAUUGUAUGCAUUCAUCACAACCCCGUGAAUGGCCAAAUUCUGUAUGUUUGGCUAAGUAUUCUGAGGAUGAGAAGUGGUACAGAGCUCUUAUUACUAGUAAAGUAUGUUGUGCUGAAGAGGUGGAAGUUGCAUAUGUUGACUAUGGGAACAAAGAGCGUGUUUCACUAAAGAAUGUCCGUGCAACUAAGACAGAAUUUCUGACGUUGAAAGCUCAAGCUUUCAGAUGUAGCCUUUACAACUUAAUUCAGCCAAAUGGUCAGGAUCCGUUUGUGUGGGAUGAAAAAGCCACUGAAGCUUUUCAUGAAUUUGUGGAGUCAGCAAGCACAUUAGAACUGAAAUGCACCAUAUUUGCUUUUGCAGCAUUAAACAAUACAGAUUUCAUCAAUAUUGUGGACUUGAUUACCCCUUUUGAAAGUGUGUGCCAUUUUUUAACAAAGAAGGGUCUAGCCAGAUGUGUGCAGCCUCAAAAACCUCUAAUAUCUUCUGUUCAUCUUCUGUCAUACUAUUAUUCUACACAUGACAUUAAAAUAGGAAGUGAAGAGGUGGUUUAUAUCACACAUGUUAAUGAUCCCUGUCACUUUUACUGCCAACUUGCUAGAAAUGCAAAUGUUAUUGGGCAGUUAACUACUAGUAUUGCUAAACUCAGCAAAAUGCAGUACAAUUUGGAAACAUCACAGGGCCCUGGAAAUGUGUGUCUUGCAAAGUAUAUGGAUGGCUGCUGGUACAGGGCAGUAGUAACUUCAGCAAAAGAUACCAAAGAAGUUUUCUUUGUGGAUUUUGGGAAUAGGCAGUUGCUAAAGAAUGGAGACUUGGUCCUAGUACCAAAUGAUGCUUACGAGUUACUGCUUUUGCCAAUGCAAGCCAUAAAAUGCUCUCUAUCUGAUGUUGUUGAUGUUCCAAAAGAAGUUUCUGCAUGGUUUGAAAAAGCAGUACUAGAUAAGCCCUUAAAGGCUUUAAUUGUAGCAAAAGAACCUGAUGGAAAACUGAUCAUUGAACUAUAUGAUGGUAAGAUGCAGAUCAAUGCAAAACUGAAAGAGAGUUUGCAGUACAGCAGAGGGACGGCCAAAUAUACAAAAAAUGGAGCUUCAGCAUCCAGAUAUCUGCUCACCAGGGAACAAAACACUGAAAAAAGGCUAUCUUUGACAGAAAUGGAUAAACCAACUUUUGAGGACAAGAGGUGGAACAAUGAAAAUUUGGACAUAGUAGGCAGUAGCAAACACACUGUUGUAUGUAGAGAAGUAAGACAAUUUCAGCAGAAAACAAAAAGAGAGGUGACAAUUCAGCAGAAAACAAAAAGAGAGGUGACAAUUAAGCUUCCUGGACCAGGGGGGAAAAAUAAUGGAAAUGAUCCUGUAACAGAUAGGAGUCAUAGAGAUUCCAUGCUAAGCAAAGAAACUCCCCCUGAUAACUUGAAAAGGAGAAAUCAAUCUGAAACUAAUACACACUUUUCAUUUAAAAAUAUUUGUGCUUUACCUCAAAAAAUCAUAAGCCUUGGUCUUAAAACUUUGGUGUAUGUUUCUCAUAUAAAUAAUCCAUCCGACUUCUAUGUUCACCUAGUAGAAGAUGAGCCCUUGCUUGACAGCAUUUCAGAGAAACUAAAUAAAUCUGAAAAUAUUGAGAGCCUGAAUGGGCAACAGCUUCACAUAGGAGACAUAAUGUGUGCAUUGUUUUCAGAAGAUGGCUUAUGGUAUCGAGCUGCAGUUAUUGAAAAACCCUCUGGUAAACUGGUGAGGGUGCAGUAUAUUGAUUAUGGCAAUACCGCACUGGUUAGCAUCUGCAAAACAGGUAGACUCCUUGAAGACUGUUCAUCAGUCCCAGUGAUGAGCAUUCAUUGUUCAUUGUAUGGAGUUAAGACCACAGAGCUUUCAGAAUGGACACAGGAAGCAGUGCUGUAUUUCUCCCAAAGGACAAGUGAUACUCAGCUAAAUGGCGAAUUUGUGGAGAAAACUGAAAGCAAAUGGAACAUUCAUCUCUGUGACAAAGAUGGUAAUAUAGCAGUGGAUUUGGUUGAUAAUUACCUUGAGUACAAACAACCUCCUUUGGGGGAAACAUCUGACAAAAUGGAGAGUGACACUGAUCUGAUAAACCUGUGUGAAGUUGCUGUUCCUGAUAAGUAUAGCAAACCUUUCAAUAUGUCAAUCACCAAAUCCUUCCUCUGGAAGAUUCCUAAAGUGGGUCAAACUUUGAAAACCUUUUUGAUAGUUGCAAAGAGCCCAGGAUAUUUUUGGUGCCAGUUUGCUGACUCAGAUGAUAUUGGUUUAAUUGAAACAAAGCUUCAGGAAGCUGGAGAGCUUAUGGGCAUAGAUGUUGAGGAUAUAAAAAGUGGCUGUCCCUGUCUAGCAAAGAAUAGUGAAGAUAAUACCUUUUACCGAGCAGUUAUUAGCAGUGUAAAGGGGGAAACCUUGAGUAUCAUUCAUAUUGACCAUGGAACCGAGGAACUUGCCAGUGCAGAGAUGAUCAGGCAAAUUCCUGAUGACCUGCUGGUAAUACCACCUCAAGCAUUUCUUUGUUGUUUGUUUGGCUUUAACUCUGCUGAAGGUUUGUGGGCUGAAGGAAUAAAUAAGAUCUUCUGUGAUGUCACGGCAGACUCUCUGUUAGACACUACCAUCAUGGAAAAACAAAAUGAUGACCCUUUUGAAAUCCCCUUAUUUGUUGUUCAAUUGGAAUGUCAAAAAAUCAGCAUCAAUGAACAAAUGAAACCCUUUUGGAAGCCUGUUGUUGAAGACUGUGCCUUAACUUUGACAAAUAGUAUUCACAAACCGGAAGAACAGAUUGAAGAUGUAGGGACAGAUAGUUCAAAGGUGGUUAUAAAUGAAACCAAAGUAUCUGCCUGUGCACUAAUGCCUUCAGAAGAUCUGUUACGUUGUUCAGAGGCAUUCCAACCGGCAGAUAAGUGUUUAGUUGCUACAGGGAGUGGUAAUUCAUUUGGAGCAUUUUCCCCAACUUCUUCACCCAAAUCUCAAACCAAGCACCACCAAACCACUUCUGAAGUACUUGACAUUGGAGACCAACACACUGUGUCUGAAACAUUUAAAAAGGGAACUGACUAUUCUGCAUUUGCAAAAGAAAGUGAUAUACCAAAUUUUGCAGAUGUUACUGAAACGCAGCUUCCUAAUGGUGGUGAAUCUAAGGUGUUAGAGCUAGAUUUGUUUGAAACUCUGAAAGAGACUGAAGGCCAAGCAGAAAUGUUAACACUGGAUACACGUGAAGUACAUUUAGCUGUGGAUGAAACACUGAGUGUGUCAGAUUUGGUGCCUAUUGAGGUGGUGACUUUAUCAGAUACAAAUCAGCUGCCUUUUCAACUGAAGAUGCACCCAUUUGGAGACACACUGGAUCUGGAGACAGUUGAAGUGAGCCCUCCCCUGUGUGAGGAAACACGAGAGAGAGCAGAAUUGGACUUGCUUGACAUGACACAUGCAGAAGGGGAGUUAGAACAGCGCUCUUCACUAAAGGAUAAAAGUGACUGUUUACUGCUGGAACCUGUUACACCUGAAGUGUAUCUUUCACAAGCUGGUGAAAUCAGGGAGGAUGUGUUGUUGGAGCUGCCUGUGGAUAAUGAAAUCCAGUUACCAUUUUCAGAAACUGGAUUCAAACUGCAAGACUUCUUUUGCCGUGAGGACAUUGUGGAGGUGUGUGAAACAGGACAAGAAAGCGAAGGUUACCGUUGUCUAGCAAGGCAAACUCUGCUGAAGAACCACAUUGAAACACAGAUGAGCCAUGAUGCGGGUGAAAGAUUUAAAGAGAGCAAUUUGGUUGGAGAGGAUUUUUUGAGAAGCACACUGCUAGAUGAAGAAGCAGUUGACAUUCCAAGUCACAGUACAGGUAAGACAGUGCUUGUUUUUACAUUGCUUACUUUUAAGUGUUGCAGGUGACCUGUGGUGCAUAUGGUGUCUCUCGCUGAAGAGAGUUACUCUUACUUUGCAGGUUUUGUUACGUAAGAAUACUGUAAUAAGUGGUCACUAGGAGGAGGAAUUGUACAGAAAGAAAUGAAUAUAAAACUUGUUUCAAGGAUUGCAAUCACCACCACUUAGGAGUACUAUUUGUCAGAACUGAAAUGUAUUAUUGAAUAUAGAAUGAGUAAUGACAUUAUUUUCCUUUUACAAAACAUUGUAAAAUUGUUGGGCUCAGAUAAAUGUGCUGGUUAGUAAAUACUGUAUAGAUAUAUACUGAAGUAAAAGAAAAAAUUGGCUUUUUGAGUUACACCUGUUGUAACAUUUCUAGUCACAUGGUGUGCUGCUCCCUUCUGGAAAACGGGAAUUCUUGACAAUGCAAAACAUGCAUUAAGAGAAAGGCCCAUUCAUAUUUGUCAUCUCUUGGUGGGCUCUAGCUAAAGUUGUUGAAUAGAAUGUUGUGUAGGGCUCUUCCUUUUUUUAUUUUUACAGGUAGAUAGAAGGUCAGCAGCAGCAGCUUUUCCACAGUGGUGGGAAAAGGUGGAUCCACUGAAGUUCUUCUGUCUGUGCACCAAGAAGCAAGAGUUACUCCCUGUUCCAUCCAUAGCAAUAUCCACAGCAGCAUUGUUUAAUGCUUUCUUUGUUUUUAACUCUUCUCUGGACCUAUGAAGUGCAUGCUUCAUUUCUGUGCACUUCAACAUCAUCAGGGCUCUUUUGGGUUGGCGCUGAUAAACUUUAACAAAUAGAAACAGGCUUGUAACUGCACAAGCAGUUCUAGCUCCAUAGGAUGGUAUCCAGUUGCAGUGUUCCACUUGUGCAGCAGCAGAUUCCCACUCACAGACACUGGACUUCCCUUCCCUUUCCGUCCUUCUGCAGUCGGCCUCCGGAGCAGAUAGGGAGUUCUGGGUGAGGGAGAAGAGAAGAGGGCGAAGUCCUGUCUCAUCUCCUAGCAUGAUGUUUGAAAUCUAUAGUGAUAAUAAAGAAUAGGAUUUCACUGUGGGGUUAUGAAAUGCCAGAAAAGAGAUGUCAUAAAAAUAUACCUCCAAAGCUGGCAGUGUUAUUCAUGCCCUGUUUGCCUUUUGUCUCCCUUCCCCUUAAAAACACUUCUGGGGUCCUGCAGAGACUAGCCAGCCACCAACAUGAAAUGCCUGCCUAAACAGAUAAGUGGCUAAAGCAAUAACACAAGCGGAGGUGGACCAGUCUUGCAGGACAAGGAGCUCCACAGCCUGGAUUCCAGAGCAGAUGCUUAAGAAGCAAAUAAAAUUAUGGAUUGCAUAGUACCAUUUAGAAUGUAGAAAACAUUUAUGCACAGUAGUUAGAGAUAACGUGAGCAAUGCACAUGUUCCUUGCAUACGCAUGCAGCAGUAGGACUUCUCUCACUCUUCCUUGCACAUGCCCCACACCUGCACUGCUGGCUUCUUUUUCUUUCAGUGGUUGGCUUCUGUUGGUUGGGAGCCCUGAUCAGUCUAGCGGUGACCAUUUUUCUGUUAGGAAGAAAAUGCCCAACAGGCAUAUUAUAAAUUGCCCUAACUUCAACUGUUAACUAAGAUAACUUCAGACUGUUAACUAGUGGUCAGGUGUUGCAGUGGAAUACUGAAAAAGCAAGCUGCCUUCAACGUAAUAAAUUGUCUGUUCAUAGAUUGAGUCAGCUGUAAAAAAGACAACAUGGAGGGAAGCCUUGAAAUCUGGCAAUACUGCUUGGGAGUUGUCAUUUUGGACUGCAAUCGGUAACCCUAUAGCUUCAUUUUAAAUUGCUUAUGCCUUGCAGUAUGACAUCUUAGAAAAAUAAUGCACAUUCUCUGUUUCAGAAAAAAAUGAAACUACUUGCAACUUAAAUGGCUUUGAUAUUGGUUCCAAAUGCAUGGUGUGGUCUGGCAUUCAUUGGUACAAGGCUCAGAUUUUAGGUGUAUCUGCUGAAGGUACAAAGGUAAGUCAGCUUGAAUAUGGUGAAUAAAUUUGCCACAUGUAACUGGAUCUUGUUAUGUCAAUGAUACUUGUCCAUUAAGGUGCCCUAUAAAAGUUACGUCUGUAAAGAUUGCAUUCUUUUUACAUAAAGGUUUUGAAUCUUUCAAGUGGAAAUGAAGAGGUAGUAAGUCCUAUCAAUGUUUGGAAUCGGAUUCCUGAAGAGGAUGCAAGUCCAACUGAGGUAAAGUAUUUUCUAAAAUGCUAAGUUGCUUUAUUUUAAUUAUUUAAAAACAUUUUAAAUAACCCAAGAGCAGUAAGACACAAAACCCAGAAAGAAUUGCCUGGUAUAAUACAAACCAAAACAAUGGAAUUGUUAAAUCCAAAGGUAGUCAAUAAAAUAAUAAUAAUAAUAAUAAUAAUAAUAAUAAUAAUAAUAAUUGAGAAAAUCCAGACCUACUACUGGGGUUGUUUGGCUUUAUGAAUAUCAUUGUUGAAAAAGACAGUAGUACAUAAUAAAUAAAGUUACACAUCUCUCCAAAUAAAAUCCUACUUUGUGCAACCAUAUGUUGGUCUUGUCAUCUAAGUCUCAAAAAGCCACCAAGUGGCUGCAACGUCUUGUGGGUCAGCCUCCCCCCCCCCCCCAGUGGCUCACAGAUGAUGAGAUAUGGCAAUGUAGAGUUGGGGCCAAAUUUCAUGUUGGUUAGUACUGCUAAUAUGUAUUUCCACUCCAAGCAAUCAAAGGCUUUGAGGAUGUCUAGGGACAUAAUUGUCAAUGGGAGUUUGGUUGCCUUGCUGUGUUCGAUCAGGUUCAGUAGUUUCCUGAUGGGGUCUGUUAUAUUGCGGCCAGGGACAAAGCCAGUCUGGUCUGGGGCUAUUAACUUGUGUAGGAAGAUUUUUAGGCGGUUGGCCAAGAUUGAUGUGAAUAUCUUGUAGUCUUGGUUUAUUAAUGAGAUUGGGCGGUAUGAUUCUACUUUGAGGCUGUCUUUUAGUGGUUUUGGGAUGGAGACUAUCUUGGAGUGGGUCCAGGUUUUGGGGAUGGGGCCCCCUUUUAUGAUGUCGUUGAAUAGGCGGGUCAUGUAGGGCAUCAAGGGUUCUUUGAAUUUCUUAUAGAAUUCUGCUGUGAAGCCGUCUGGGCCUGGGGCUUUGUGUGGUUUCAGGUUUUUGAGGACCGCAUCUAUUUCUUCUGGGGUGAUAGAGCUGUCCAUGAAUUCCUGUUCCUCAUCAGUUAGGGUAGGCAUGGUCAGUCCUGCUAGAAAUGUUCUGAUUUCCUUCUCUGGUGGGUUAUGGGAGGUGUAUAGGUUGGAGUAGAAUUCUGCAAAUUCUGAGGUUAUUUCUUCGUGGGAGAAUGUUAUGUUGCCGUCUUUUUUGGUGAUGCAGUGUAUUCUUGUUUUGAGUGCUUUUUUUCCUACAUCUAUUUGCUAGUAAUCUGGAGUUUUCCCCUCCAUAUUUGUAGAAACGUUGUUUAGAGUAUAGAAUGUUGAUCAUUGUUUUGUUAAUUUCUAGGGAGUCUAGUUCUCUCCUUUUUUGUUCUAUAAGUUUGAGGAGUUUUUUUAGAUCCUGUUUGUUUGUAGCGUGAUGAGAGGGCUGUGAUGUCUUGUUCUAUUUUGCUAAUUUUUGAGUAGGUUUGUUUUUUAAGGAAUGUUUUCUCUUUUAUGCAAGCUCCUCUGGUGACCGCUUUCAUUGCGUCCCAUAGGAGGGGGGUUGUUAUAUUGUUUACAUCGUUUUCUUUGAAGUAGUUUUGGAAGGUUUUUGUGAGACUCUCUCUAAUUUGUUUGUUUGUAGUUAGGAUGGGACUGAAGGACCAUGAUGGGGUGGUUUGUGUUCCUUCUCCUAUUUUAACAAUGACUUCUACUGGGGCAUGGUCUGUGAUUUUAAUGUUACCUAUGUUUGUUGAUUCUACUGAGGGGAUCAGACCCUGUGUGAGUAGAAUGCUGUCCAGUCUGGACACUGUAUCAUGGCGUCCCGAUUGGAAUGUAUGGCUGAUGUCUCCCGGGUUUUGCUCACCCCAAAUGUCGUAGAGACCCCUGUUUUUUUUGUGUGUUUUUUUAUAUGAUAUUUAUUAAAGUUUCAAAAAAUACAAAAAAUACAGAAUACAGAAAGAAAAGGAAUAAAGUUUUUAAAAUAUAACCAAAAAAGUAAAAAAAUAAAAAGAAACAUACCAAAUAAAACAGUUAAAAAGACAUUAAUUUUCCAUAACCUAUCUUCCCUAUACAGUGGUGCCCCGCAAGACGAAUGCCUCGCAAGACGGAAAACCCGCUAGACGAAAGGGUUUUCCGUUUUGGAGGUGCUUCGCAAAACGAAUUUCCUAUGUGCUUGCUUCGCAAGACGAAAAUGUCUUGCGAGUUCCUGCAGGGUUUUUUUCCUUCCCCCCCCCUUUUCCCCAAGCCGCUAAACCGCUUAUCAGCUGAUCGGCUAAGCCGCUUAACAGCUGAUCGCUAAGCCGCUUAUCAGCUGAUCCGCUAAGCCCGCUAAGCCGCUAAUACUGUAGCGCUAAUCCGCUAAACUGCUAAUGGGCUUGCUUCGCAAGACGAAAAAACCCGCAAGAUGAAGAGACUCGCGGAACGGAUUCUUUUCGUCUUGCGAGGCACCACUGUACUUAUUUCCCCGGACCUCCUCAUACCUCCCUUUUUUGUAUUCCAGUUCAAUUUGUUAGUUCAGCAAAUCCUUACCAUUAAGCUUUUACCCAGUUGCAAACCUUUUUUCAUGUCUCUUAAGGCAUUACAGCUAAAAACCUCUUAGUUUCUAUCCAACAUCCUUCUAAGAUUCCUUAAUUUUACAAUAUUUCUGUAAAUAGUCUUUAAAUUUCUUCCAGUCUUCUUUCACCGACUCUUCUCUCUGGUCUCGGAUUCUGCCAGUCAUUUCCGCCAGUUCCAUGUAGUCGAUCACCUUCAUCUGCCAUUCUUCCAGAGUGGGUAGAUCUUGUGUCUUCCAAUACUUUGCGAUGAGUAUUCUUGCUGCUGUUGUGGCAUACAUAAAAAAGGUUCUAUCCUUCUUUGGCACCAAUUGGCCGACAAUGCCCAGAAGAAAGGCCUCUGGUUUCUUCAGAAAGGUAUAUUUAAAUACCUUUUUUAUUUCAUUAUAAAUCAUCUCCCAGAAAGCCUUAAUCCUCGGGCACGUCCACCAAAGGUGAAAGAAUGUACCUUCUGUUUCUUUACAACAUUUGUUAUCGGGCAAGUGAUAGAUUUUUGCAAGCUUGACUGGGGUCAUGUACCACCUGUAUAUCAUUUUCAUAAUAUUCUCUCUUAAGACAUUGCAUGCCGUAAACUUCAUACCUGUGGUCCAUAACUGUUCCCAGUCAGCAAACAUAAUAUUAUGUCCAACAUCUUGUGCCCAUUUAAUCAUAGCAGAUUUCACCGUUUCAUCCUGAGUAUUCCAUUUCAACAGCAAGUUAUACAUUCUUGACAAAUUCUUAGUUUUGGGUUCUAACAAUUCUGUUUCUAAUUUUGAUUUUUCCACCUGGAAGCCAAUUUUCUUAUCCAAAUUAUAUGCCUCCAUUAUCUGAUAAUAAUGAAGCCAAUCUCUCACUUUAUUUUUUAGUUUCUCAAAACUCUGCAGUUUCAAUUUGUCUCCUUGUUCCAAAAUUUCCCAAUAUUUCGGCCAUUUGGCCUCCAUAUUGAGCCUUUUCAGAGCUUUCGCUUCCAUUGGUGACAACCACCUAGAGUUUUAUUUUCCAAUAAAUCCUUGUAUCUUGUCCAAACAUUAAACAGUGCUUUCCUGACAAUAUGAUUUUUAAAUGCUUUAUGUGCUUUGACCUUAUCAUACCAUAAAUAUGCAUGCCAUCCAAAUACGUUGUUAAAACCUUCUAAAUCCAAAAUGUCUGUAUUUUCAAGAAGUAGCCAUUCUUUCAACCAGCAAAAAGCUGCUGAUUCAUAAUAAAGUUUAAAGUCUGGCAGGGCAAAUCCACCUCUUUCCUUGGCAUCAGUUAAUAUCUUAAAUUUUAUUCUGGGCUUCUUGCCCUGCCAGACAAAUCUAGAAAUAUCUCUCUGCCACUUCUUGAAACAGUCCAUCUUGUCCACUAUUUGCAGUGUCUGAAACAAAAACAACAUUCUAGGCAAUACAUUCAUCUUUAUCGCAGCAAUACGGCCCAGCAGUGAAAGCUUCAAAUUUGACCAGAUUUCUAAAUCUUUUUUCACUUCGGUCCAACAUUUUUCAUAAUUAUCUUUAAAUAAGUUCCCAUUUUUGGCUGUCAUAUUAAUCCCCAAAUAUUUCACUUUCUUUACCACAGUCAAUCCUGUCUCAUUCUGAAACCUCUCUCUUUCAAUCGGUGUUAAAUUUUUCUCUAAAACCUUAGUUUUUAGCUUGUUCAAUUUAAAACCUGCCACCUGACCAAAUUCUUGAAUUAAUUCUAAAACUCUUUUAGUGCUAGAUUCUGGCUCCUGUAACGUCAAUACUAAGUCAUCUGCAAAUGCUCUCAGUUUGUACUGUUUAGCUCCGACCUGUAUACCUUUAACCAACCGGUCCUUUCUAAUCAUGUUUAGCAGAACCUCCAGGACCGAUCUAAAGAGCAGUGGGGAAAUUGGGCACCCCUGUCGUGUCCCUUUUUCUAUCUUAAAUUCUUCCGUGACCACAUUAUUUACAAUUAAUUUGGCCUUUUGUUCAGAAUAUAUUGCACCUAUACCAUUUUCAAAACCUUGGCCUACCCCCAUCCCAUGUAAGUUCUUCUUCAUAAAACUCCAAGAGAUAUUGUCAAAGGCUUUCUCCGCGUCCACAAAUAUCAAAGCUGCUUUAGUGUUUAUAUUCACUUCUAGUUUUUCCAAGAUAUCAAUUAUAUUUCUCAAAUUGUCAGACAAAUGUCUCCCCGGGAGAAAGCCCGCUUGACCUUUAUGGAUCUCUUCCAUCAAUACUUUUUUCAGUCUCUUGGCCAAAAUAUCAGCAAAAAUUUUGUAAUCCACAUUAAGUAACGAUAUAGGGCGGUAGUUCUUAAGCUGGGUCUUUUCAGUCUCUGUUUUCGGUAUAAGUGUAAUAUACACCUCUUUCCACGACUCUUUUCCCUUCCAAUAUUUCAUUGCAGACUUCCUUCAAAGGUUGCAAUAACCACUCUUUCAGAGAUCUGUAGUAUCUGGAAGUCAGCCCAUCCGGUCCUGGAGAUUUGCCCAGUUGCAUAUUUUGUAUGGCACCUUCUACUUCCUGUUCAGAUAUUUUAUAGUUCAACAUUAAUUUACUUUCUUGAGAGAUUUUUUGUAGGCCAUUUGUCUUCAAAAAUUGGUCUAUGUCCAUUUCCUUCUGUGGCCCUUGUGUGUAUAGUUGUUUAAAGUACCUCUGGAAGCAAUUUCUGAUCUCAGUUGGGUUAUGUAUACUCUUUCCUUCCACUUCUAAGUUUGUAACGGUAUUUAAUUUUUGUCUUUCAUUUCAUUUGAAAAAGAGACCCCUGUUUUUUAGCAUUUUUAGUAACUUGUAAGAGUUCCUGGUUGUUGGGGGUUUCCUUCGGAGGAAGGUUGCCCAUGGGGUUGUGGGGUGGAUAUCUUUCAGGGAUAUACCUUUCAUAUUUAGAUUGAGGUCCCCUCCUAGGAUUGCUCUCCUUCAGAGAAGGAGAGGAAUUUGUUUAGUGUCUUCUGGAAGAAUUCUAAUUGUUUCGUGUUUGGGGCAUAUAUGGAGCCGAUUGUCAGUUUGAUUUUGCCAUCUAGUGUCCCUUUAGCGAAAAUGAAUCUGCCUUUUUUUGUCCUUGAGGACUGUUGUGGCAGUGAAGUUCAGGUCUCUACUGAGUAUUAUGGCUACACCACGAGCUUUCCCUGAGCCUUGUGCAACCCACUGUUGACUGAAGCGGGGUCGCUCAGGAGUUUGCUGCCUUUGGGUGGGUUGUGUAUUUCUUGUAGGAAGGUGAUGUGUGGUUUCAUGGUGUUUAUGUAUGAGGUGAUGCGUUUUCUUUUGAUGGGGUUUCCCAGCCCCCUCACGUUUAAUGUAAUUGCUUUUAGGUUAGCCAUCUUGCUUAUCUAUUAUGUGGGGCGAUUCCCUGCCAACCCGUUCGGGUUGUCUUGUGUCUCUCUCUUCGUGUUGUUUAAAGAACCAGUGGGGUUGCGCUGACCUAGGGUGUGGUGGGUGGGGCUAAUGGGAUUAGAGUAAGAUUUGGGUUAAAGAGUAGGGGGUAAGUUGUAGAGAGUUUCCUAUAUGUAGUCAUAUAGGUGUUUGUUUGGGGUAUUUUAGGCCAUCUGGCAUUUAGCCAGUUGGUCCUAGGUCUCAGCUGGUGUGGAAGGCCGUGUUCAAGGACAGGCCAUCCCCCCUGUUGUUUGCGAUAGGGGGUGAUCAGUGAGACAGUGUGAAGUGACUUUGUAACGUCGCUGUCAGGUAUAAGGUUCAUAAGCAAUGUUGCCAAUGUUAUGAGCAACAUUGUUGGUGUGUUGGGGUGGGGAUGUGGGUGCUGGUACGCUCUGGUGCCACCAUAGUGCUGGUUGGGUAUCAGAUUUUAGCCUGAUUGUGGGUUGUGUUAUUAAGGUUGGAGGAGUUGUUUUUCCCUAGUAUGGAGUAUGGGGGUGUUGAAGGUGUGGGUGAUGGGGAAUGUGGUUGAGGUCGUCUGGACUGGUGUUGGGGUGGGGAUUCCUGUGGGGGUGCGGGGCUGGGGGGGGGAUGUUGAUGGUGUUAACUAAAUCUAUGUUUUUUGGGGGGGAGAGGGGGAAAGGUGGGGGGAAUCACCAGUCCUUCAGUUUGUGGUUUUUUCCUGGUUGCUUCAUUCAGCUGGGGUUGUUGUUGUUGUAGGGUUGUCCAUCUGCGAUGAAUUGGUUUGGUUAAUCUUGGUCUGGUUUCUUGUGUCGUAUGGCCGGCGGGACGGUUCUGAGCAUGAUGCUUGCCUGUAUUGGUUUGCGUUGUUGUGCCGCUUCUGUUGUUUCUUUUUCUUCUGUACCGUUGUCCAGUUGUUUGCUGUUGUUUCCUCGUGGUUGGGGCUGUCACUUGGUGGGUUUGUCGGUUGCCAUUCCGGUGGGAGGUUGAGUUCAAGGUUCUUUAGUAGUUGCAGGGCCUCAGGUAUGUUGGUAGCCAUGUGUUGUGUUGUAUUGGUUGUUACAAUGAGGCGGAAGGGGAAGCCCCAUCGGUAUUUGAUCCCUGCUUGUUGGAGACGCUGGGUGCAUGGGCGCAGGCUUUUCCUCCGGUUUAGGGUAUCCUGAGAUAGGUCCUGUAAGGCCAGAAUGGGGGUUUCUCCAUAUCGAAGGUUGGUUGAGUUUUUGAGGUGGUUCCAUACCUCUUCCUUCUUUUUGUAGCGUGUGAAGCAUACAAUGAUGUCUCUUGGGGGGGCGCUGGGUUUUGGCAUAGGUUUUAGGGCUCUGUGAGCCCUCUCCAAGUCAUCUGCCUCAAGUUUCAGGCUUGGGAUUGUGUUUUUCAGCCAGCGUAUAAUUAGGUCUGCUGGGCUUUUCUCCUCUGUUUUUUCAGGAAAGUUGCGGAAGCGGAUGUUACAACGUCUAUUGCGGUCUUCAAGGUCGGCUUGCUUAAUUUUCAUCUCUCUGUGUUCUGCUUCCAUUUGGUUUACCAGUUCGUCCAGUUUCUUGUUCACACGUGCGUUCUCCUCCUGGUAUUGCUCUAUUAUUCUUUCUUGCAUUUGGUUCUUGUUCUCUAGAGCUUCCACUUUGGAGGUUAGAUUGUUGAUUAGUACCUGCAUGGGAGCCAUUGUGGCCUUCAGUGUUUCUUCUAAUCGUGCUUCUAAUCUUGCUUCCAUUUCCCUCAGAUCUCGUUUCGUUAUUGGGUGGUCAUCAUCUUGAAGGGGAGUUACCAUCUUAGCAUUGUUUGCCAUCUCCCUGGUUGGUGUCAUCUCGGUCUCCCUGAUGGUUUUGGUUUGAGGUUGGCUUGGCGUCCUCUUGGGGUAGGGCGUGUGGUGGUUAGGAGUUGUGGCAGUGGUGAUUCCUGGGUAUUGUUGGGUUGCUGAGCUGAUCAGGCUUUGUUGGCUGGUGGCUUUUACAGAGCGUUUGGAUUAGGUGGUCAUUUGUGUCACUUCUAGCCUGUGUUUUAAGAACUUCUCUAGGGCUUCUGUAGAUGCCUCAGCGGUGCCGCCGAGGCGGGGGGGGGCAGGUAAGCAGAGAUGGGUAGACUAACGGACAGACAGUUCAUAUAAAGGGAGGGGGGUUAGCAGGUAGAGAUGCAAGAGAUUAGAGGGGUGGGGCCAGGGGAAAUAUGUGUUUAGGAGGGGGUUGUAUAUGCCCAAAAGGGGUAUUGGGGUCCAGUUAAGGUGGAAGUUGGGGUUGGGAGUGCGCUCAGAAACAGAGACAGACAAAUAGGCUAUAUGUAAAGGGUGGAGGGAGAAAAUAGGGAAGAAGAAGAAGAAAGAAAGAAGAAGGGGGGAGGCGGGGGGGAGAGGGGAGAUGGGAGUAAAGAGAAGAGAGAGAGAGAGACAAAAGAGAGUUGAAAGAGCGGGGAGAGAUAGUACAGGAAUAUCAGCGGUAUUAGAAUGCAGCAGUAGUUUUAGCUAUAGUAUGAGGGGGCCAAAUUAUGAUAGGGUGAUAUGAAUGUGUGUAUGUGUUUCCUUUAGGGGAAGGGGGGGAUGGAGAGAGGGAGGAGGGAGAGAAAAGGAGAGGAGGAGGGGGAAGGGUGGGAAAAGGAAGGAGAAGAAAAGAGAGGGGGAGAGGGGAGGGAGGGAGGGUGAGCUGCUGCAAUGGUAUGGGGGGAAGUCUUAUUUUAAAAGAGGGGGUGGGGGGGGAAAGGGCUCCCCUCUCAAAAACAAACUGACGAACAGGCUAAAAAGGGGGGGUUGAUUUUUAAAAAUAAAAGGGAUAGAAAACAAAAUUGGGGAUGGAAAAUGAAAGGUGGGAUAAAAGGGAAAAAUGAGGAGGGGUGAAGAGAGAGAGGGGAGAGCAAAAAGGGAGAGAAAGAUAAAAAAGGAGGGGAGUUGAGGGGGAGAGUAUCAAUGGCAAUAGCAGUGAUAUGGAGGAAAUUUUUGUUUUAAAAGAGAGUGGUGGUCGUAGCUGGGGGCGAAAGAUUCCCCCCUCAAGAACAAGCCAACAAGUAGAAAAGAAAGGGCUUUAAAAAGAGAAAGAGGGGGGAAAUAAUAAUAAUUGUAUGGGGUUUUUUAAAAAAUAAUAAUAAUAAUAAUAAUAAUAUUUCCCCCUAAUUAUUGUUAUUAUUUUUUGUUUGUAAAAAAGUAAUUAAAAAUGUACGGGUAAAAGAUAAAAAUGAGAAUUAAAGGUAAAAAAAAAGAGGGGUUGUCUUUAGAUAGAUAGAUAGAGCUUUUUAUUUUAUUUUAUUUUUUAAAAAAUGAGUAAAGUAUAGGUAAAAGAGGAUAGGUAAAAGAGAGUGGAAAGUCUGGGGCGAAGUGGCAGUCCCAGGAAAUGGCCUGUGAUGGUUCAGGGCUGUUUUCUGGGUACUGCCAUUUUAAUUCUUAAGAGGGGAGUUUGAGGUGUAAAUAAAAUGAGGUUUAAAUUGAGGGUGUGUGUGUGGAAAAGUGUGUCUUUAAAUAGUGUGUAGAAAAGAUAGAAAUAAAAAUAAAGAUUCAAAUAAAGGGUGGCUGCAGCAGCAGUGGCCCCUCUUUUAAAAAGAAAAGUGAUAAAAGUAGGUAUAUGGGGGGGGAGGGAUAAAAAAAGAUAUAUAUUUUUUUUAAAGGGGGGAGGAAGGGGUUAAAAAAAGGGGUUAAAAAAAGGGGGGGAAGGUAGUUUCUUCCUUUCUGUGAUCCCCUUUGUUAUGCGGCUUCUCUGUGUUUUCCUUGCCGCUGGAGCUCCCGGUGGGGCUCAGCCACGUGUUUUUUCCGGAGCCUCUUUUGCCUUCCCGUGCUCACCUACCUCUCCUCUGCUUUCCCGCGGCAGAGAUGGGGGCAGCAGCGGUAAAUUUGGGGCUCCUUUUUCUUUCUUUCUUUUUCUUCCUCUCUCCCUCUUUCUUUCUCCCUCUUUGCGUUAGCUCCACUGUCCUCCUGGUUUUGGAGCUCCUCUCGGCUGUUGGGGGGGGUGGUCGGGUGCCUUUCCGGCUCAAUCUCAGUCAUGGGGGGGUGUUUUGGCUCCUUUGAUAGAUGCCCGGGCACCCCCGAUUCCUCUCCGCUGGCGGUGCUGGCGGCAGCAGUCCUGGGAGCCCGGGAGUCGGCCAGACAGAGCCUUUUACUCUGGCUGGCUUCAGGAGCUCUUUUCUGCUGUUGCCUCGCCGGAAGUCCCCAUUAUUAUUAUUAUUAUUGAUAGCCUGAGAUAAUCCCAGGUAUCUUGAUCGCUUGUGUUUGGGGCAUAGAGUUGGUCUUCCCCGUUGUGAUGUGCAUUGGGCUAGAAGUAGGCCGGCCCUCCUACAGGCCCUUUUUACAGGCCCUUCUGACUCCACCAGAGAGCAGGAAAGUGCAAGUGUGCUAUGCUUCUGAAGCAUGCAGUGAACCUAUUAGAGCAUAGGACACUGUUAGAACCAACAAAGAGUACCAUGUACAAGUAUUGUAAGUCUCCUGCUUGGCUUUGCACUCUGGCUCUCAGCCUGAAUGUCCUCUGCCCCAUACAGUGGUGCCCCGCAAGACGAAUGCCUCGCAAGACGAAAAACCCGCUAGACGAAAGGGUUUUCCGUUUUUUGAUGCGCUUCGCAAGACGAAUUUCCCUAUGGGCUUGCUUCGCAAGACGAAAACGUCUUGCGAGUCUUGCAAUUUUUUUCGCUCCCCCCCCCUUUUUCUAAGCCGCUAAGCCGCUAAUACCCUUUUAGCCGCUAAGCCUUUAAUAGCCACUAAACCGCUAAUAGCGCUAAUCCGCCAAGCCGCUAAUAGGGUUGCUUCGCAAGACGAAAAAACCGCUAGACGAAGAGACUCGCGGAACGGAUUAUUUUCGUCUUGCGAGGCACCACUGUAUUUCCAUUUCAAAUCCUUUUGCUCUUCCUCCCUCAAACUAGUGGCUAUCUUUUGCAGUAAGAAUGCUCCACUGCCUAGACCAAGCAGAAUGAUGGGUUGUAGCCAACAAAAUUAUUUCAUUAGCACAAGGACCUCUGCUUGUGUAACCAAAGGAUGGAGAUGUUCAGUUGUGCAAGCAGAAGUCCUUGCAUUAAUAUAAUUUUAACCAACAAAGUUGCCCCAUGUUAGCAGUAGCUCACACCUAGUACUCAUUUCUCCUCUCACUCAUGUCCAGCAAUAAUUCCUCCUUUUUUCUGCGCUAGCAGGGGUGCUAAGGGGUGAGGCUAAGAGGCAGGAUGACAUGAAAGUAGCAGAACCCUUUUUCUUCCUUUCUCACUAUCUUGCACAGUGGUGUAAGGAAAACAUGACCUUGGCAUUGAAUGCUGAGGGUAAAAACUUGUUUCUAUCCAUAUUUUAUCCCAUUUUCCUUCUCAGAUGCUUCUCUUCUUUCUGCCCUAAUCUAUACCCUUAAUGUCUAUCCUGGAAUUAAGCAUUUGGAAUAGCCUUGCUGAUGAAGAAUUAACAUGGCUUCUGCAAUAAUAAAUAGGAUAUUGCUUCUCUGUAAGUGUUUUUAGAAUUGUAAAGUGUGUUGGUGUGACAUAACUGCUUGUUGUGUGAAAAACUAGAACCUUAUUCAGUAAUGUACAUGAUUUGUUAAUUGAAAAGACGAGCUUAUGCCUUGUUAUUUCAGUAAAGUUCUUUUGAAGCAAGUUUUGUUUAGGAAACUGAUUCAGAGUUUAGGAAGAACAUUUUUGUUGCUGAGUGCUGGUUUCUAAUAAAGGCUUACUGCCAGUUCUCUCCAGUAACAGAAGCCCUUGCAUAAAUGAGUAAAAUGAGGAGCGCUCUCUUUAUUUUGCACUUCUCAGUGAAUUGUAGUUCAGUACUAUCUUACAAUACCAUUAAGCAAUACAUUGGAAAGAGAUAUCAAAAUAUUAUUUUGUUCUUGAGAUAAUUCUUUCCCCUCUCUUUCACUACAGAUAUUAGACAACAAAAGGGAUACUGUGUAUUCAACUGUCAAGCCACCUGUUGGCACAGAAGGUAAGAUAUUUAGAAAAUGUUUGAAUUUGUAACUUGUACUAAAUAAUAUCUAAUCUUCUAUGUGUAUCGUAUAUUUAAUCCUUGCCUCACUUCCCUUCCCUCUUGCUGCUGAUUAAGGUCAUUUUGCAAGUCUUCUUUUCAUGCAGCUAGAAUUCUGUGAGGGAAGAGUGAGGAUUGCUAGCUAGCUGCAGCCUCUCGUGCUGCCAGCCCUGCCUCCCUUCAUGCUUUGGAGGGCAAGCAUCCGCAGCAGAUGGACCUGGUGUGAUCCUCUCCCAGCUUUGCUUGCCACAGUUUGUUACGCAUCAUUAGCCAAGGGUUGCUGUAGUCUGUGAGGAUUCCUCCUCCUUGACCAAGUGUGCAUUCAGCAUACUUCAAGUUUUGAGUGUUCUUGAGAGUGAGGGGUCAGAGCAAAAUAGUGGCUCCUUGUGCACCAACCCCUCUGCUGCUCAACAGUGUCCUUACUGGAGCUGGCUGGCCAUUGUGGUCUUGCAAGUCAUGUUUCAGUCUCCCAGUUUGAUUGAACUGGGUGAUUUCAGCAUUCAGGCUGAGUUUCCAUGGCUGAGAGGCCCAGGAUAUCAUGGCCUCCAUAUGGGACUGAACCCCAUUCAUGUAGCACAUACUUUGGAGCUGGUGCUUUGUUUUGUCCUGGCUGGGAUGAUGGCUGCCUGGCUAUGGAGGGGCAGCGCAUGGUCCCUUUGUCAUAUAAUUUCAACUAUCUGGUUGUAUUUAGAUUCACAGGGCCUCCCGAACACCCCAGAGGUGUGGGAUGUGAAGCAUGGCUUUGCAAGGGACAUCCUGUCUCACGAACCUAUUAAGAGUUCUUUGAGAGUGUCAGCAAGAACAUAGAGGUGAUCCAGUUGACACAGCAUACCUGGAAUGUCUAAAAGCUUUUGAGAAAAUACCUUACCCAAAGACACCUGAGGAAGCUUAUGGUUGGCAGCUGUCUGUCUCGAGAGACAAUGCAGUGCACCUUCCGGGGCUGAAAAAAGAGGAGGAGAGAAGCAAAGCAUAAACUUUGGAGCAGCAUGCAUCGGCAUGGCACUCAUUUUCCUGCAGCAGAGGAGAAGAUCCCUGGAUGAGUUGUCCCUCCCAUUAUAAAGGGACCACAGUGAUAUAUCCCAUCCAAGGAGCCCCUCCUCUGUUGCAGGAAAAUAGAAUGUGGGAUUCAGCAUGAUAAAUUUAUUUUCUGCAGGGGUUGGGGAGGAUUUGCUUCGCUCGCCCAGCAAUUGGAGUGGGGAGAAGUGCUGUUGUCAGAACUGUGAAGCAGUUGGCAGGGAGGCCAAAGUCUACGGCUCCCCUGUGCUUUUGUUUCUUUGCUUUCAUCUCUGCUCAGUCUUGAUUGUUGCCUUGUCAUUCUCGGGUACUAUUCUGUUAGCUGUGGAACUUGUGAACGAGAGUUCUCUCCCACUCUCAGUUUUGCUGGAGUUUCAGAUCAGUAGAAUUAAAUUUAUUGGAACUAGUCAUAUGAAUAAAGUUCCUCAUGAUUUGAAUGACAACUGAUAUCAGAAAAAUUGUCUCUUUACAGCUGUUGCUACUGGCAGAUUAACGUCUGUAAAGGAAAUGUGUAUUUAAUACACUUGAGAGCACACACAACCCUCUAUGGUAUAAACGGUUAACUUGCCAGUAUAUCCUACAGUGGAGGAAGUGAGUGGCGUUUCAGAUGGCAGUGCUGAUCUUCCUGCUUUGUGGAUAUUGCACUAAAUUGCACCUGAGAGAUGGAGGAGUCUUGCACACAAGGCUCUUCUGUUUUUGGCAUUGAUGACAAGCGUUUAAUGGGCAUGUCCUCUUCCAGCCAGGAGAAUGCCACUUCUGAGUCUUUAAAAUAUGUUCCACGCAAGUAUGUUCAUUUUCUAAUGGUACCCUUUGGCAAACCUCAAAUAUGUGUUCAUUAUCUUUAAUGUUAAAGUUUGUUUAAGCUUUGGAGCAUCUUUGUAAGAGUAUUUCUCUUCCUUGCGUAUUUUGAGUGCACUUCCAUUCAAACCAAUUUUUUUUUAAGCCUUAGCUGUAUGAAAGGCUUUGUGUUUUGUUACUUUUUUGUUUUGUUUAAUGAAACAAGAAUAAAGUUUAUAGUGUGGGUAGUAUUC